AUGGUCCUUAGAUAUCUUCUGCCCGCAUCUAUCAUCCUUGCAUCCAGUGCUGUUGUCUCGUCACAACCAUGGAGCCCAGAAGGAGCAGUACUUGGUUCUCGACAACAACAAGCCAUUGACUCCGGACCUUCCAUAUCUGGCGGAUCCGGGAGUGAACUCACGACCGGAAAUGACAUCUUUAGACAUGUGAUAGAUGCUCUGGAUGUUAUGCAAUCCAACUUCUUUGAGCUAUGGAUUGGAACAUGGCCUUCCGCUAUAGACUGGACCGGAGCAGUUACAAAUACUAUCGUGUCUUCGGCUAUAGGGAGUAUUGCUCGAGCAAGCAACGAGACUGAAGGGGAUGACUACUCAAAAACCAUCAACAAAUACUUCUCCCACAACGCAGCGUACUACUUCGGAGAGGAUGCCUUCAGCAUUCGCAACGAAGCUUAUGAUGACAUCCUAUGGGUGGUCUUGGGCUGGCUCGAGAGCAUCAGGACAAUCGAAUAUCGCAACAGUACGGACCCGUUCUGGCAUGGUACCCAGUUUAUCCCUGCUUUCAGUCACCGUGCGCGACUCUUCUGGGAUCUCGCUUCCAAGGGUUGGGACACUGACUUGUGUGGCGGAGGCAUGCUUUGGAACCCAAGACUAUUGCCGUACAAGAACACGAUCACGAACCAACUGUUCAUAUCAGCUUCGAUCGCCAUGUAUCUUUCCUCUCCUGGAGACGCCAUCGACUUUCCUUUCGUGGCUUCCGACUCAGAGGCUUUUGAGUCAAUGCCAGGACGACCACAUGAUCCUAAAUAUCUCAAGGCUGCGGUCGACGGAUAUUACUGGCUCAAGAGAAGCAACAUGACUAACGAUCAUGGACUAUACGUUGACGGCUAUCACAUCAAAGGCUAUGGCCAAAAUGGUGGUGUUGGCACAGGUAAAUGUGACGAGCGCAAUGAGAUGGUGUACACGUACAAUCAAGGUGUCGUACUAUCUGGCUUGAGAGGCUUGUGGGAAGCAACUGGCAACUCGAGCUACCUGGAAGAUGGAUAUGACCUGAUACGAAAUGUCAUGGCAUCCACUGGUUGGUACUGGGCAGGAGAAAGACACUCGCCGAUCUACAGGUCACCCGGCUGGGCUGGUCUUGGUCAGUACGGUAUCCUGGAAGAACUUUGCGAUCGAAGCGGAUCAUGCAGCCAAGACUCUCAAACAUUCAAGGGUAUCUUCUUCCAACACCUCACCCAAUUCUGCAACGCUCUGCCUCAAGAAGCUGUUCUCCCUGGCAAAACUUAUGGAGCCAGCAAGACGCUUAGGAAGACUCACACCUCGUUCUGCAGGACUGUCGGAAUUUGGGUCGCACACAAUGCCGAAGCCGCUCUGAGCACAAAGAACGACUCUGGCCUUUUUGGAACAUGGUGGGGCCAUAGAUAUACCUCUAGGGAUUAUCCUAAGAGUCUUUCCUCUAGUGCGGCCGAUUAUAGGAACGAUGCGACGAUCUUGUCGGGGCCGAAUUGGGCAUCGUCACUGGACUCGAAAACCGUUUCUGGAAUUGGCUUGAAGUCAGAGCAGAGAAUCAGAGACGUUGUUACGACAGACAUCAAUGAUCGUGGUAGAGGCCGUACAGUAGAGACGCAACAAGGUGGUCUUUCUGUCCUCCGGUCAUCAUGGGAGCUGCUGAAUGCAGGCAGAUUUUGA